CAUAGAGAAUCGUGUGCUCCCACAAACGGAGUGUUGGUUCGCUCAUGACAGUUUGUUUUCGUUGCCGGUGUCUGCGACAAAAAUUGAAACCGAAACUGGAAGCGACUGUUCGCAGACAUCCUACUGCAUGGAGUGCAACGUGUUGAGCUGAUAUUUUCGUCCCCGACGGUGCAGUGCUGUUUAUUUUCCACGUGUGUGUUGUGCUUUUAUCGUCUGUUUACCGCGGUUCGUCUGCAUCGCCUGCUGAAUGCCGCUAGACGCCGCCACCAUUGAGGGUCUCACAGGAGAGGACUCUAGGAACGACAGCGACUUGCCGUCGUUCCAAACGCUCAGGGUUCAGUCAAGGACGCCCACCACUGGUUACAGAAUGAUGGUCAACCAGACACCCGAUCUCAUGACUCCUCACGAGUCGCCCUACAAUGCAGAUGAGCAUUUUAUGUACGAGCCGACAGAUGACGACAAGAAUGCCUACUGCAACCUGCAGCCCAUUGGGCUGGACAACACAAGUCAUGUGACACAGUCCUUAUCACACUCCAUUGACCUAAUGCCUUCAACACGGCCCAUCCCCUUUGAAGGUGACACAUUCCCCAGUGAUGUCCUCGACCUGGAGGCAGACAGGUGGCAGAGUAUUCCCAUUCAACAUUGGCAACCCUGUGAUGUGCUCAACUGGCUCGUAUCCUGGUCUGGCCAGAACCUCAUAGAACUUGUUGACGAGGAGAUCAACAUCGCUGCGUUCAGCAACAUGAGUGGAGAGCAGCUUUGUCGUCUCAGCCUAGACGAAUUCCGUGCCAUUGCACCUCCGUACGGUCACAGACUAUAUGAAGAAGUGCAGCGUCAUUUAGGUGGACGACCCAAUACAACUGCUCUAUCAGAGUCCUACUAUGAUCCAGAGAAAUAUGGGUCCUUUCAGCGUUUCUUUGACCCGCUCGAAAUCCAGAACAGCAGUCCAGGAUCCGAAAACGUAAUGUUUCCAGAAUCAGACAGUGGAAGUACCAGCAGUAGUUUGAGUACAGUCAAUGAAAGAACAGAAAACCUCUUUGCCUAUAUGCCUCAAGAUACAAGAAUACUGUCUAAGCAAAUGCCACCUCCCAUGCCUAUGAUGGGCAAAAAGAAGGGCAGGCGAGGCAGACCGCCCAUGAAAGAGGCCAAAGUACGCAGCAGAGCAGGCAAAGGAAUGGGCAAGCUGUGGGAGUUCAUUCGUGACUUGUUGCUCAACCCGACCACCAACCCUAGCCUCAUCCGAUGGGAGCGGAGAGAGGAUGGCAUCUUCAAAUUUGUGCAAUCCGACAAGGUGGCCAAGAUGUGGGGAGAUCGGAAACAGAACCCACGCAUGACCUACGAGAAGCUCAGCCGGGCGAUGAGAACAUAUUACGGCAAACAGAUUCUGGAACCAGUUCCAAAGCUGGAUGGUCUGCCCAAAAAAUUGGUCUACAAGUUCGGUCCACGCUCCAGUGGUUGGAGCACACCGGCUUCAGACCGUCGUACGUCAUCACAGCUUCAUCACAGCAUCAUUCCGACUUCAUGAAGAUGCAUGACACUGGUGGUGGUGCUCAAAACUUGUGCCUUUUUUUCUUUCUCACACGAUGGUGUAGCAUUGCAUUGGACACACUUUCACUCUGCCUUCUCCAAUGACAAUGCGGUGCACCUGCUAACUUAUGAAAUGCAUGGUCAUUUUGGAGUUUGUGACAAAUGGUGGCAAUGUACAAUUCGAUGUAGAACAUUGAAGUUUAUAAGCGACACAACUAAGAGGGAUUUCAGGGGUGCGUCCAGGAAUUUCCCACAGAUAUUACAUAGAUUUCUAUAUCGCGAAAAAGUUGACCGGUUCCUAGCAAGACACAUGAAAACAAACGAAAAGAAAUAGACGAUGACAUGUGUGACUGAUGCAUGUGAUAGAAUACUGUAAAAGUCGACUUCGUGCAGAACAUAUUUUUGAAUUUUGGUGGACGCCAUUGUAGACACGGGAACCUAAAUUCACGAAAAACGUGAGCUCAUGUCUUUCAAUGACGUCAAUGUAUCUACUUUGCAGAUACUUAAAUUUGCGAAUUUUUGGCGCUCGCGAAAAACACGAAAAAUCAUUCCGCACACACACACAAAAAAGAGACUGUUACAGUAAAUAAUUUCGAGUAACUGUAUGAGUAACAAAAUGUUUACCACGUUGCUACUCUCCUAGUCACCAACAGCAACUCAAUAACAAAGUGUACUUACAAAAUUAUAGUGGGCAUACGACAGCUCCGAUGUAGAUACCUGAAAUGUUGUAAUGGUAGGGACCGUGCCUGUGGCAGUGCACAUAGUGUAAGCAGAACUACAUCACCAUUUGUAGAAAAAGGAGUUAUGUAUAUGCGUGCAACUGUUUCAUAAUCGUUUCCAGGCCUGUAAAAAUUACUUUUGAGACGUAGCUGAACUACAAUUAUGACAUGACUAAAUUAGUUACAAAUUACAGUUACAGCUACCCUGAUCCCCGAGGAACAUUGUGAUGUGCACCUUGUUGGCAUGUUCCAGACUAUUCAGAUUAAAUAUGACAACUUACUAUUACGGUGUUCCCCUAAUCACACGCAUUCUUCCAAAUUCACGUUGCGGUCACGAUAAUCCUGUCUUUCGUGAAUGAGUAAAAAUCUCAGGUAUCGCGAAAAUUAUUUAGAAAUAUCGCGUGCAAAGUACGUAAUUUCAAAAGUUACUGCAUGUAAAUUACAAAUCACUUGCAAAAGUAAAAGUAAGUAAAGUAAGUUACUGUUACAAUUAUACAAUAUCAAAAGUAAUCAUGCAAGUAAUUAAUUACUAUGGGAAUAUAAUUAUUAGAGUAUUUGGGUUGAUUGUCAUUAAUUGCGUUACUGAGUUACCUUUCCGUGGCAAAUGUAAAACUCUAGUAGGAUGGUUAACAAGGUUCCACUUCCUAGAUUUGUAAUUGACUGAGCUGCAAAAAAUUUAUGACCAGCAAAACCUGUUGCUCGAGGCAUUGGAAUACUAUCAUGCUGAAAUAUGGAAUUUGCACUGAACUUUUUUUUAUUCAAAAGUUUUGGAAACAUAAAAUACAGCUGUCCAACAUUGCUCACGGACGGCUCCAAUUAAGUCAGGUAGCUAUAAAAGGUCAUCUCCAGCAUUAAAAAGUCUUCAUUUUAGGUACAGAGAAAACCAUUAACACCAUCAAUACCUGGAGACAUUUGGAAAAUGAAGUGACAAAUUAUUUAAAAAUGAUGUACUUUCACAUGCCGCAAUCUUAGUUUCGUGCUUUUUUUUUCUGUCACUUAAUUAUAAGGUUAAUUGAGACAUCUUUAAUUAGGCAACAAACCAGUGUGGAAAGUUUCCAACAAGAAAGUGGAUAUAACCCUGGAAAAUUAAUGGACGGAAGAGUUCUGUGUAUAUGUCACUCCUUUUUCCUAGAGACCCUGAAGUGAUUCAAGUUUAGUCACUCUUCGGAUAUGUAACACAUUGAAACACAUACCAGUGUGCCUUGAUUCUAAACUGCCAUAUGUGUUGUUUUCUUGCUCUGCUUGCUGAAACAGAGAGCUGCAAGGAACAGUGCCAAAUAGCUGCGCCUGUAACUAAGUUAGGUGCCAAAACCCAGCCACAAGACGCAGUGUCCUGUGCAGUCUGGAAGGGCGCACAUGGUUGCCUACAGUAAUCGGGGUGUCUGUCCCUUCCUCCUGUGGCUCACAAUAUAUAACGGUAGAAAGGCCGCUACUCAAUGGCUGGGCUAAACAGGGUUCAUUCAGCUAGUUCAAGUACAUAUCUUAGCUACAAAAAAAAAAAAAAAAAAUUGCAGCUGGAGGCUAUUGUUCAUGCAGAACUCUAUAAAGCUAUGCGAAGGUCCCACAGUCCUGCUUCUGUUUAUAACGUGCUUUUGUUUUUGUCCUCUUUUCCUGCCUUCGUUUGCAACCGCCAGAUACUACUACAAAA